AUGUCUGGCUUCGGCGACUUCACCUCCAUCUGCGAAACGGCGCCCCUGCCGCUAUGCGCUUCCAUCGGCCCGGUGCUCAGCUCUAACGGCCGCGUUGGCAUCGAGCCCGACUGCUACGCCAGGAACAUCGAGCUCGCAAACACAAUCAUCUUCGAGGGUGCCGCCUCGGCCAUGCACAUCGUGGCCCUCGUCAUGACCGUCGUCAUGAUCCUGCACGUCCGCUCCAAGUUCACCGCCGUCGGCCGCAAGGAAAUCCUCAGCUUCUUCUACCUCUACAUGCUCCUCACCUGCGUGUCGCUCAUCGUCGACGCCGGUGUCGCGCCCCCCGGCAGUGAUCCCUAUCCGUACUUUGUCAGCAUCCAAAACGGCCUCAGCAGUUCCGUCAUCACAUGUCUCCUCAUCAACGGCUUUGUGGGUUUCCAGCUCUACGAGGAUGGUACGCCAUUGUCCGUCUGGAUGAUGCGCAUCAGCUCGCUUGUCGCCUUCGCCAUCAGCUUCCUCGUCUCGCUCGCCACCUUCAAAGGCUGGGCCGGCCUCGGUCCCACCAACACCGUCGGCCUCUUUGUCGUCCUAUACCUGCUGAACGCGAUCCAGCUGUUCGUGUAUGUUGCCAUGCAGAUUCUGCUGGUGACGAGGACUUUGCACGACCGCUGGCCCCUCGGUGAUAUUGCCUUUGGCAUCUUCUUCUUCGUCGCUGGCCAGGUUCUCCUGUAUGCCUUCAGCAGCAAGAUUUGUGUGGCCAUCAGCCACUACCUCGAUGGUUUGUUCCUGGCCACUGUGUGCAAUCUUCUUAGCGUGAUGAUGGUUUACAAGUACUGGGAUUCCAUCACCAAGGAAGACCUCGAGUUCUCCGUGGGCACACGGAUGAACAACUGGGAGGUCAAGGAAUUGCUCCCCGAGGACGAGCGAAGAGCCACCGUCUUCUCCGAGGAUCCUUACGGCCACUCCAGCGCCUACGACCUGCCCUACUCGCCUGGCAACACUGGCACGGCACGAUACUCGGCCAAGUACUAA